AUGGGUGUUUGUACGGAGGACAUAGCAGUUUGCGAACAAGUCCUCAAAGCUGCGCUGGCAGAUGAGGCUUUGUUCAUGAAUGAUGGCUUUCGAGCGACGCGGGUACUCAUGUCACAGCUCGUUGAUAAGCUAAGACAGGGCGGGAAGCCUGAGAGGAAGCCGAAAUCAGGAAGGACGUCCUUGCCCAGCGGCAUCUCGGAGGAUGACAAGGAACGAAAAUCUUACAGCGUGUGCGAGGUCAAGCCCGCACAGUUCAGCCGCCUGGUCUACACCAACCCGGUAUGCCUACUGAGCUCCUGCCAAGGCAGCGAACGAAACCUCAUGACAGUUAGCUGGCUCACAGCCGUGGACAACAACGGUCAUUUGGUUCUUUCCCUAAACAAGCGCCGCCACUCUGCUGGCAGCAUUAUGUCCUCUCGUGCUUUCGUGUUGAACGUGCCUACUGCCCAACUUGCUCAGACAGUGCUGGAAAUUGGUGGCUGCAGUGGGGGAACUACCGACAAGAUCGAACGCUUCAGCGCGCCUCUGGGUGGCUUUUGCUUACCGGGGUGGAAACCACUGGGAGCCUGGCCUCCAUCUGAUGAAGAUUCGGAGGCUGGGAAGCUGGUGUUUGCCAUUAGUGGAUGCGUAGCGCACUUGGUCGUCCAUGUCCUCGUGGAUCUUGAUGAGAUAAGUUCCCAUCACCUACUGGUUUGCAAGGUGGUCCGGGCUUUUGUUCGCAGUACAUACUGGGAUGGCAAGAUAUUUUCCCCACGGUUGGAUAUUGACACGCUGACGCCACCUUACAUGUCCUUCUUCGGAAGCCAGACUUUGGGAUAUGUGGUUCCAGGCUGUUGUGGACAAGGCGGCGAGUAG